UACCAGUACCCAACUUUCUUCGUCGCCCAUUACUGCACACCUCAAUUUGGUAACUCACCUUUACUGUAUAACCACAAACAUGUUCAACACCUGCAAGAAAGACUUCACCACCGGCCGUGUCCGAUUCUUGAUCGCGGCAGUCGCCGCCCUCGCGCUGUUCGUCCCUACCCCGACUCCUACAUUCGGGCUCGUUCCCAAGAGCACCACGACCGCGACUGCCGAUGGUUGCCAGGGGCCGUUAUGUGACGAUGCGGCCACUACGGCCAGUACGGAUACCCCUUGCCAAGGGCCAUACUGCGAUGACAUCCUCCUCCCAACAACAUCUACGCAGUGCCAAGGGCCAUAUUGCGAUGACAUUCUUCUCCCAAGGACGGCUACGCAGUGCCAAGGACCGUACUGCGACGACAUCUUGCUGCCCACCCCGGACACGCAGUGCCAAGGCCCCUACUGCGACUAAUUUGACGGCACUACGAUUUAAUAGCAGGAUCGACAAGUCUGUAAUAUUUAUGCAUACGCCUCUACUCGGCACUGUCAUCUGCUCCCGAUCCACUCGAAUUAAUCCACUCGUCGGCAUAUUAUCCAACGGCAGGAAAUAAUCCACUCAUUCCCGAUCCACUAGACCAUUAAUCUCCACAGCACGUCUUCCGGUCCUCUCGAACCUUCCAUAUGCUACAUCCUCGUUUUGUCAAAUCUCGCUUCCAUC